CGGAGGACAGUUGACCAGCGACAGCGUGCGUACGCGGUCCUUUCGCCUUCCAAGGAGGAAAUAUUUCGUAUUUGGUGCACGGUAUCAAGGUCAAGCAACGCUGAUAACACGGUUCUAAGUAGCCCCAGGCGAUGAUAAUUCGGAAUACUUAGAAUCCCUACGACCAGAUCGUUUCCUACCGUACGCAAGUACGGACGUAUUCAGGUUCGCGAAAAAGAAUACAAUGAAGUGGGUAACAGCAAUUGCUGGGCUUUUCCUUAUUCUGGUCCUGCCACAGAACGCCUUUCUGCCCUGUGUCGAAGGCUUCCCUCGCACGCAAUGGAAACGAAGUAUAGACCUGAAUGACCUAUACCCGUUCAAAGUGCGUCAAUUCAAAUUGCCGAAGAAGGUUGUUCCAACCAACUAUGACCUGGAGCUUCAACCUUUCGUUGGCGAGGACAAGUACAUUGGCCGUGUCAAGGUGAACAUCACAUGGACCCACACCACCAACCAAAUUACCCUGAACGCCCAUCCGGAUCUUCAGAUCACAAAGUACAAUGUCAAAAUCAUGGAAAUGUCGCUGGAAGAAAAGAAGAUGGGCUUGCCUCUGAUGGACGUGUACGUCGCGUGGGUGGAGCCUCCCACGCAGAAGAAACCUCUGUACGUGAUCCACCUCGAGCAAAUGCUGAAGGAGGGCACUGUCUGCGAAGUGGACCUUAAUUUCACCGGUAAUCUAACCACCGAGGAGACCAACGGUUUCUUCAAACGCGAAUACACCAACUAUGAUGGCGAGAAACACUCCGUGGUGGCUUUGAAUCUCAGGUUGGAUCAUGCUCAAAGAGUGUUUCCAUGCAUGGACGAACCUUCUUACAAGGCUACCUUCAAACUCAGCGUUUUGCGACCAAAGAACAUGACGGCCCUCUCGAAUACACCUAUUGAAAACAGCACUGAAGCAGCUGGGGAGCCAGACCUAAUCUGGGAUCAUUUCGAAAAGACACCGAAGAUGUCAACCUACCAGGUGGCGCUGUUUGUGUCGAACUUCGAGAGCAUUUCUCCCACAAUGGAGAUAAACGAAAUGGACGGGAGGAAGCUCGAGGUCAAGGUUUGGGGCCAGAAAGGGAACUUGGAGUCCUUGAAGGAUGUGCCUAACAAGGUUGUCAAGAUUAUGAAUUAUUUGCAAGACUACUUCAACAGCUCCAUCAUUUUACCGAAACUCGACUUGGUGGCUGUUCCAUCCUACUGCUCUGCCACUUCUGAUAGUUGGGGACUUAUGCUCUUUGAGGAAAGUGAGCUGAGCAGACCUUCUCUGUGGAACACAGCCUACGAAUUGAUUUAUCAGUGGAUCGGUCAAUACAUCACGCCAUUCAGCUGGAGCGAUGCUCCAAUGAACAAGGCGCUCAACUCAUUCUUAGCUUCGAUGACCACGGUGGAUAUCAAUCCGGACGAAAUGGAGGGAAAGUGGCCAAUGACGAUGUUGUAUUCUCUUUAUUACGAGUUUGGGAAGACCAUCCCCUUCUCGAGAGUAGCGGGAAUCAGGCUCGAAGCCACAUCUGCAAAAACGGAAUUGAUAUUCCGGAUGUUCAAUUACACCCUCGGCAAGGACCUGUUCCAACAAAGCGUCAGAAAUUUCAUUCAACAGGAAUCGGAAGAAAAAGUGAGGACAUUCUACACCGACGACAUCUACAGCCGACUGAACGACGUCGCGAACGAAACGGACAAUCUUCCGGCUGGCUUGACGAUCAACAGCAUCGCGGGGCCGUGGAUCCAUCGAGAUAGAGUGCCAUUGGUCACGGCCAUUCGCGAUUAUGAAACUAAGACGAUUACACUUAGCCAGAAAGUCUACCUCAGGAAAGCGCCGCCAGCCUCCACUGCUAAAGUUUCCUAUCGGUGGGACAUACCAAUUGUGAUGAUGUCGCAGGACAAAUUGGAAUUCCACAAGCCGUGCCCCUUAUGGUUGACGAAAGAAAACGAACCUAAAAAUUUCACUGUUCCAGACAUCACGGACGAAAAUAAUUUUAUUAUCGUAAAUCCUGAAGAAAUAGGAAUAUUCCCGGUGAAUUACGACUCCUGCAAUUGGAAGAUGCUGUCGCAAUUUCUGCAAGGCCCCAAUCGCGAAAAUAUUCCCGUUCUGACCAGAGCAAAGCUGCUUCACGACUCAUGGAAUUUAGCAUACGCCGGGGAACUAUGCUUCGGGAUCGCAUUGAACAUGACACUCUUCAUGAAACAGGAAAGGAGCCACGUGGUUUGGGAGCCCAUGUUCAUGAUGAUCGAUCAUAUUGGAAGACGCAUCGAAGGAUCCGAAGUCUACCCUAAAUUUGAGGCUUACAUUCGUAAUUUACUGGAGCCUCUAUGCGCGGAACUUGAAGAGUCCAUACAACCCAAGGAGCCAUCUUGGAAAACUCACAUGCGCGGACUGGCCAAAAAUUUCCUCUGUCGUGCUGGUUACGAACCAUGCGUUAACGAAGCAAGAAACCGUUACAAGAAAUGGCUAACCUACGAGUAUCCGGAUAAAGGAAAUCCAGUGGCGAAUGAAGUCCUUUGCCCUGUCUUCAAAUGGGGCACCGACACAGAAUGGGAGUUUGGACUUCAGCGUGUGAUAAACUUCCCCCAGAACAGCCCGGAAAGAAAACAAAAUGAGCGCACCUAUCUCUUGAAAUCCCUAGCCGGUUGUCCCCAGGAUCCAAAUAAAAUCGAAAGAUUGUUGAAUGUGACAAUACUGGAUCAGAACGAGAACUUCACGGACUCCGACAUCCAUUUGAUCUUCACUAUGCUGACUGGAGGAACGGCGGGUUACACGACUCUCUUUAAUUUCUUGAACGACCACUGGGACACCGUGAAACAGAGAUUCGAGACAAAGAGAGCACUAUGGGACGGGAUAAUAAAUUCGGCGACGUCCUCGUUCAACACGCAGGAAGGUUUGGACAUGGUUUCUGAAUUGUACACAAAUCGCCGGGGUGAAUUCGACACGGCCGAUCGUAUCAUCCAAGAGGCAUUGAAAAUCAUUAAACAGGAGACAGAAUGGAGUGAAAAGAAUCUUCAGGUGAUCGAUAAUUGGCUCACUGAAAAUUUACCGAAGGAAGAACUAGACGCUAUUCAAACUUGGAAAGCCACGACGUCUAUGUGAACGACAGUCGACGUAGAACGUCCACCGUGGAAUGAGAAACGUUUUAAAUUGUAAUUGGGGAAUGACUAAAAGUAUGAACAACGUAGGUACACGACACAGUUUAUAAAUUUCCGAGGCGCUUUUUAAAUUCUACACAGAUUUUUCGAUGCUUCUGUUUUCGAUACGUGGAUAAUUUUCUGGUCGAUGUCAAAAUCAGAUUUAAUAUUAGGGAUACAAAUAGAUCUAUCGGAGAAAGGUGCUCGGGAUAAUCGAAACUACGGCAGACAUGUAAAAAAGUUUGAUUAUAAUUAAGGUUUAAAAUUAUAUGGAUUUAUAGUUUAUAUUUUGUUUAUUUAUCAUAGGCACAGAGCUCUUGCAAAUGUGUAACUACUAUGAAAUGUUUAUAUAAUAUUUAAGUCUAUAGAAAAGGUAAUACAAUUGCGUGAAUUGCGAAUGAUAAAAGUCUGAUGAGUUUUUCUAAUGUUACAUGUUCUAUUUCAAUUUUUAUUUGUUGUUUGUAUUAGUUUAAUUGUCGU